CAGAGGCAGUUGGAUUGUUUAGGUCGACGCGUUUGUAAUAAAAGAAUAUAAAAUUAAAAUUCUGACUCACAGAUUCGUUGGCGUUUGGUUUAAAAUUAAUCAGAUUAUUGAAAAUGCGCAACAAAAUAGAGUUGGCCCUGCUGCUGAUCAUCUGUUGUGCUGCCACAUUAAAUCAAAUCUCGGCUGCUCCCCAGACAGACUCAGAUUCAACAGCUCAGCUUGGUGGGAAUGUGGGAAUCACAACCGCAACUUCUACUGAGGCUGGCAGCGUAGAUUACGAUUUUCUCGAUGCACUUUUGAACGAACGUGAGCAGACUCAUCCGAGUGUGGACAAACCAUUGCCAGGAAAACAGCUUGAUGGGAAUGAGAUAGAUUACGAUUUUCUUGAUACAUUUUUUGGCGGACCGUCAAAUGAGACUGAUCCAGAGUUUGUUGAUGUUGCGGCAGCGGAUCCAAAUGUGUACGAAGCAUUGCCAGAGUCACAGGCAGAUAAACAAAUUAAGGAUGGGAAAUUGCCAGCACUCGAUCUAACUGCAGAGAAAAAUCAGUUGAUGGCAAAUGUGGAAAAUAUAUUUCGACCAACUGCACAGCAAAGAAAUCAACUGCUAAGUGCUAUCGAUAACACAUUUCAAAGCAUUAUAAAUCGAUUUUCCAAGCACAAUAACACAGAGCAAACGACACACCCUGUAGCCGACCCCAAUGCCAAAUCCUGCGGCCAGCAAAGCGAAUGCGUAGAGCUCUGGAUGUGCAAAAAUAGUACAAUCAAUAAUAAUGGAGCCUAUAGCAUACAUCUUCGACCUGCGCACAAUGAGCCACAGUGCAGUUACAAUCAAGUCUGCUGUCACAUAGCUGAUAAGAUACUGAGUCGCCCCCAAGCCGUACAGCCGAGCAAGAUGGCGGAUUGCGGUCUACGGCAUGAGAAUGGCGUACAGCUGACCAUAGAGGAUCCAAGGCAUAUUGAGGCCAAUUUCGGAGAAUUUCCCUGGAUGGUGGCCAUAUUGGUGAUGGAGGAUCCACUAUUAAUCUACAUAGGCGGCGGCUCCUUACUAGCACCCAAUGUGGUGCUAACAGCUGCCCAUAAGUUAACCAACAGGACAUUGGCCAACUUUAUCGUGCGAGCUGGCGAAUGGGAUCAGCGGACAACACGGGAAAUCUUUAAUCAUCAGGAUCGCACUCUUCGGCUAAUUAUUAUGCAUCCGCAUUUUGAUGGUAGCUUCAAUAACAUUGCAUUGCUUCUGCUGCAGGCUCCCUUCGAUCCGAGUCCACACAUUUCGCCCAUUUGCCUGCCCACAGCCAGCGACCGAUUCGACCACACUCGGUGCAUUGUCACCGGCUGGGGCAAGAGCACCGGCGAUACCAAUGCCUAUCAACAUAUUCUCAAGGAAGUAACCGUGCCCGUCCUGCCACGAGCCGAGUGCAUUACCAAGCUGACUAAAGUAUCUGAUACAAGCUUAAUUUUCGAUCCGAGCUACAUUUGCGCUGGCGGCGAGAAAGGCAUCGACGCCUGCCUUGGCGAUGGUGGUGCCCCGCUAGCCUGCCCCAUUCCAGGCAGCCCCAAUCGCUACUAUCAGGCUGGCAUUGUGGCAUGGGGAAUAGGUUGCGGUUUGGAGAAUGUGCCCGCUGGCUAUACCAAUGUGCCAUACCUCAUGCCCUGGGUUAGUCGGGAGCUGGACAAGCUGAACAUCGAUAGAAAAUACUAUACACCCUAGGCAGACGAGUUCUCAUCUAUAUAAAUAUAUAUAUACAUAUAAAUAUUGUUAAUUAAUGGAUUGUAUUAUAUUGCUCUGCUCAGUGCAUGGCCUCGAGAUAUUAAAAAUUCAAAUAAUUGUCUAGAUCUCCCAUUGCAGACUUAGCCCAGCUAAAAUAUUAUGCAUAGAACUUCCAUUUUAUGAGUUUAGUUUCACCUACACAUAAAUGUUGCAUAUAGAUUUCUUAUAACAAAUUUAAAGACGAUUAAAUUAAAUGAAUUAACAUAUUUUCCGCAAUAGUUUAAGUGUGAAAAUGUACACACAGAUCCUCUGAAAUGAGUGCGGCCUGAACUGAGAAAAAUGCAGCUGACUAGCUCUUACGAUGUAAUCUGUGCGUCAAUCAGUCAGUCAAUCAAUCAGUCAGUUAGUUAUUAAGAUGAAAUCGUUGUAUAUGUAUAUCAAAAAUAAAUUAAAUAUAAAAAUAAAUAUA